AUGCCACCACUGCAGUCUGUGCGGAACUAUCGUGCGGUUCGUGUAUGUGCACUGUGUAAAAAGUCCGACUGUAACCGCCGCCGCUGCUGCUGUUAGUGAUUAAUGGUGUCGUUUUCAUGCAAAAGAAGUAUUUACUAUUCAAAAAGGAUUAUCAGGAUAAUCAAAGGCAUAAGGAGUUUGCCGUUGGCUGAUAGUUCCCAAUUAUGGAGGGAGCAGAAGAGGAAGGAAAUAAAAAAAAACUGCAUUUAAACGUAGAAGAAGCGACCUGCGGCGGUAGUGACAGUGGAGUAGAUGUAACGCCUGCCGCCUCAUGUGAUUCCAGUUUAGCUUCUGGCUGCUAUGAUCCAUGUAAAAGUCCUGUGGGCCCAUUUAGCCCUACAAGUGCUGGACCAUCUUCACUACCGUGUUAUACUGCUGGCAGUUUUUCCAGUAGGCCUUCAACUCCAACAUGGCGACGAUCAGAUCGUACUAAAAUGUCUAACAGCAUGUCUUCAUCGUUUCAUUUUGAAUCCAAUGGUAAUAGAACUACUCCUCCUAAAACUGCAGACACCUCAUCUUCUAGAAAACCAGAUUUGAAUGCAGUUGCCAAACAAUCAAAAAUCUCAACUGUUAAAAAACUUGUGAGCACUUAUGACAUGGUCAAAUCAUUAGAUCGGUAUGCAACAUUACCACGAAGGAAGAGAAAAUCUAAAGAAAACAUAGCUACUGUUGUUCCUCCUGUUGCAACACCACCUAAAGAGCCUAGUCUUAAUAGGGCUGCAAGCCUCAGGAGAAAACACAUUGAACAAGGUGCUGCUGCAGCUGCCGCUUCUUCUCAUUAUAACUCGACACCAUCACCACACAAGUCAACAUUGCCUAAGGUUACAAGGAUACCUCCAACAACACCUGUUAAGACCAAAAUUUAUCAUGAAGUAUAUUCCCAAACUUGUUUAACGGGUAAUGACAUCACUAGUAUUUUAGCUGGUAAUGUACUGACACCAAUUGAAAACAGGGUUGAAACCAAUGAUGCUCAAGUACAUGUGGAUUUGGUUUCUAAAAAAAUUGAUGCACUUGAGACUGACCUUAAGGAAAAGACUGAAAAAUUAGACUGUAAAAUGAAAGAAUUAAAUGAGCAACAAGAGUGCAUUAAAGAGUUGCAACAACAAUUAAAUCAAGACAAUGUAGAAUCAUGCAAGCAAAUAGAUGCAUAUAGCUUAAGACUGUGUAACAUUUUCCAAAUAAAUGAUUGUUUGGAUCCAACACCAUCAAAUAUAUUACAAAUAUUAGAAAGACAGGCGACAUCUACUACAUGUAUUAUUAAUGAUCAACAGAAAGAGAUUAGUAAUCUUAAAUGUCUUUGUAAUUCUCUACAUAGGGAUCUUGAAAAAAGCUAUGCUGCUCAAAAAUCUCUUUUACAAGCAAAUCAGGCUGCAGAAAUGGAAUCAUCUGAAAUACAAGAAUUUUUGCAAACUGAAAAAUCGAUGCUAUUGGAUACUAUUAAGGACUUAGAAAAAGAAAUUAAAGAAACCAAAGAACAAUUUUCUAUAAAAGAAAAAGAAGCAUCUAAACAUAAAGAUCAAUGUAUACAUUUAGUGAGAAUAUCUGAGCAACGUAGACAAGAAAAUUUAACAUUACAAGCCAAGCUACGAGCAAUGGAAAAUAAAACUCGAGAACUUUUACAGCAGCAAGAUUCUACUGUGUCUGGUGCUAUUGUUGGAUUAUCUAAAUUAGGAAAUCGUCUUGAUUUAUUAUUAGACAAGCUUAUCAAAUCAUAUUCCAUAUCAGAUAGUGAUAUUGAGGAUGAAGUUUAUUUUAAUGAAGCAUAUACAAAUGGUGAUAGUAAUAGUGAUUCAGAACAACACCUUACAUCUAGUAAAACUGAUUCUAAAAGUCUACUAUCAGCUAUUGUCUCAGCAAUAAAAUCUGCUCCUUCUAGUUGGCAAAAAGGAAAACCUAAUAAACAUUUUUCAAGUAGUUCCAACAUCAAUGAAACUAAUAUUUACCCAGCAAAACGUUCAGUGUCUUUAAAAGAAUUCCAAAAUGGUGAUUGUCAAAUUAUCAAUGAAAAUAAUUUAUCUGCCGAUUUAUUAUCAAACAAUGAUUCCUUAGAUGAUUGUAGUGAUUUACAAUCAGUAGGAAGUGAAUCUCUCAAUAAUUUAUCGGAGGCUAUAUUUGCUAGACAGAAAUUGGAGUCUAGUGUGAAUUUUGGUGUUGAUGGUUUAGAAUUUCUUGAAGAUUUCAAACUGCCAGAUGCUGAUCUUCUAGAUCAAGUGAUUGAACUCGAUAACACAGUGACUAGACUUUUAAAAGUUCUGACAAUAGCACAAGGAAACAAUAAAGAACAAAUUUCAGAAAAAUCAGAAAUAAUUUAUAAUAAUGGUAUUAAUAGGAAAAAUAGACGAUAUUCCUCUCAACCUUCCCUGUUAAAUGAAAAUGAUGAAACUAACUGCAAGUACACACCAUUAGUAUCUGUACAAGAACUUAAUACUAAUCCACAUAAAACUUUAAAUGGUAUUAUAUAAUACCAUGUGUAUUGUUAAAUUAUUAAUGCACCAUUAUUGUGCAAUUAUUUUCAUUUAUAUAGAAUAUUACAUUAAUAUUGUUUAUGACUUAUUAUAAAAAAUAAUUUAAUUCUUUUAAAUUUAAAGUAUUGUUACCAAUCAUUAAAAUGACCAAUAUUCAGUCAUGUAAAUAAUUACUUUUUUAGUCUCUUCAAUACAACUUAUUUUUUUAAUUUGAUUAUUCGGAACUAAAAUAUUUAAGACUUCAUAUCCUCAAACAUUCAUUCGAUACAAAAUUACAUUUGUUGUUUUUUAUAAUAGUUAUCAAAAUAAUAGUAAGCUUCCAUAGUUUUUAAAUGUGUCUUUUUAAAGAAUUUAACACUUUAAUCUAUAGUGUGAUUUAUACAUACAGUGAAAUAUUUGAUAUUUAUCAACAUACCUUUAUUUUAAUAAACACUU